UCAGGUGUCUAUAAUCAGACAUGGAAAGUGAAAACAAGGUUUUUGUCGAAUCCAAGAAAAGAAUGAGGUUUCUGAAAGUGAUAUCCAACGGGUGUUCUCAGAAUCGCAGGAGCAAAGUUUCAGCGUUUCCACAGCUUCAUCGUCUUCAUUCACUUUCCCAACCGGCGGUGCCCAGUUUUGGAAUUGCUUUCGACAUUGAUGGUGUCAUUCUUCGAGGCCACUCUCCCAUUGGUGGAUCUCCACAAGCUCUCUCUCGACUUUAUAAUCAUCUUGGUAGCUUGAAAGUUCCUUAUGUUUUCUUGACAAAUGGUGGUGGUGUACCUGAAUCGAAAAGAGCUUCUGAGUUAAGUAAACAGCUGGGUGUCAAUAUUCAACCCCAACAGGUUAUCCACGGCCAUUCACCUUUUAAACAGCUGGUAAAUAGAUAUGAGAAGGAGCUAAUAGUUGCUGUUGGUAAAGGGGAACCUGCUGAUGUGAUGACUGAAUAUGGUUUUAAAAAUGUUGUCUCCAUGGAUGAAUAUGCAUCAUGCUUUGACAGCAUUGAUCCCUUGGAACAAUAUAAGAAUUGGAGAUUGGAUAGCCAGAAAAGCUCUUCCAAGACCAGCAUUUCCUCACAAAGAGUGAAGGCAGCAUUCAUCGUUAGUGAUCCUAUUGAUUGGGGAAGAGACAUUCAGGUUCUUUGUGACAUAUUACGAACUGGAGGUCUCCCUGGAACAGAAAUUGCACAUCAGCCACAUCUUUAUUUUGCCAAUGACGACAUCGACUACCAGGCUGUGUUUCCGUCGGAAAGGCUUGGUAUGGCUGCUUUCAGGAUUGCAUUAGAGUCGAUAUUUAACAGAAUUCAUCCAAAACCGCUGGAGUAUACAUCGUUUGGGAAGCCCAAACCGUUCGUUUUUCGAAAUGCUGAGAUAGUACUUAAGGACCUCUUGCCAUUACUUGUUCAUGACCCUCAGGAUGCAAAACCUGGGAAUAUUGAUAAUCAUUGUUUCAAGACCUUGUACAUGAUAGGGGAUAAUCCUGCCAUUGACAUUAAUGGUGCACGUCAGGCGGGACAACCUUGGUUUUCCAUUUUAACGAGAACAGGGGUAUUCAAGGGAAAAGAAAAUCAUGCAGAGCACCCGGCAGAUUUGGUCGUUGAUACCGUGGAAGAGGCAGUAGACUAUAUAUUAAAAAGGGAGUGCAUCUUGUAAGGUUUACUCCUUUUGCUGGGUGAGUUGUAGGAUUUAGUACUCAACUUAUUGGAGGAGUUCAGCAAUCUUACCACAGAAUGCUCUUAAUGAGAUAUAUACGGUAGCCACUAAGAAUCUAGUUGAUAGAUUCAGCAGAGUGGAGAAAGGAAGUGCCCCUUGCAAAUUCUAUUUGAUAACUUAGGCUUAUAUGCCUUACAAAUUAGUAUCUGUUCUAAUACUUUUCGGGUGAGCCAGAGUCGAACCCGGGUCUCCGGGGACAACAGAGGAUAAACCCACCACUUGGGACAUUUAAAUACCCUUGAUGCAUUUAAAUAUCCUUGAUGCAUGAUUAUGAUUUCCAACCUUUAUUAUAUGUGUGUAUUUUGGGUUAAUCUUAUUUUGUUUAUUGUA